AUGACAUGUAAGAUAGAUACUUUGUUACACUUAACAUUUGUCGGAAUGACAGAUUUCAUGGGGGAAUAUAUCAUAUCGACAUCUUUUACGAUUACUACUACUACUACUACUACUACUACUACUACUACUACUACUACUACUACUACUACUACUACUACUACUACUACUACUACUACUACUACUACUACUACUACUACUACUACUACUACUACUACUACUACUACUACUACUACUACUACUACUACUGCUACUACUACUACUACUACUACUACUACUACUACUACUACUACUACUACUACUACUACUACUACUACUACUACUACUACUACUACUACUACUACUACUACUACUGCUACUACUACUACUACUACUACUACUACGAGUAGUAGUAGUAGUACCAUUAAAAUGAACAUAUAA